GCAAGCGCAGUGGUAUCUCUCGCCAUAUUGGGAAAAAUGGGCUGGGACGAGUGAAUUUGCUGUCAUUGAUGAAACCUUUAAGCCGGUCGUAACCCUUUUUUCCAAGCGAAUUGACGCAGGAUAUCUCUAUAAAAUACUGCCCACAGCAUGCCACGUACUGUGUGAACUUUUCUAGAUCGAGAAAGGGUCCUGUUUUGCCGCCAACAUGGUGCUUCAACCGCUGGAAUUUAGCGAGUGCUACCUGGACAGUCCAGAAUUUCGGGAAAGUUUACACUCGCACGAAAAUGAACUGGAACACACGAACAAGGCGAUCAAGGAGUUGAUACGAGAUGGAAAAGCGCUGUUGGCUGCCGCCAGAAAUUUAUCGAAAGCGCAGAGGUCGUUUUCGGAUACGCUCAUCAGUUUCAACUUUGAGUGCAUCGGGAUGUCGCAGACAGAUGACGAAAUUGACAUUUCACAAUCUCUGAAGGAGUUCGGAAGGCUUAUUGCAUCAAUAGAAGAUGAGCGAGAUCGCAUGCUGGAACAUGCCAAGGAUCGCCUCAUUACACCGCUAGAAGUCUUCCGCAAGGAGCAGAUUGGCUCGGCAAAGGAAGCCAAGAAACAGUUUGAGAAGCAGACGGAGAAAUUCUGCAAGUCGCUGGACAGUCACGUGGGUCUCACGACAAAGAAAAAAGAGACCUCGCUACAGGAGGCUGAUGCAGCCCUGGAGUUGGAGAGGAGGGACUUCCACCGGGAGUCCCUGAUGUACGCCCGCAUCCUGCAAGAAGUCCAGGAGAAGAAGAAGUUUGAGUUUGUGGAGACGUUACUGGGCUUCAUGUACAGCUGGUUGACAUUCUACCAUCAAGGUCAUGAGGUGGCUAGGGAUUUCAAACCAUACAUGACAGAGCUACAGUACAAGCUACAGAAUAUCCGGACGGGGUUCGACAUGACAAAGCAAGAGGCGGAGACCCUGAUGAAUAAGAUGAUGGAGGUGAGGAAACCCCAUGAACAGCUCAAGUCCAACAAAGUUCAAGAAGGCUACCUGUACCUCUAUGAGAAAAGGGCGAUCGGUUCCAACUGGGUCAAGCAUUACUGCCGUUACUACAAAGACUCCAAGAAUCUCAAGUUGAUUCCUUUCGUCCAGACACUGCCUAAGCCAACGACAGAAGAUCAAGUCACCGUCACAAGCUGCACAAGACGAAUGACAGACUCCAUCGAGAAGCGCUUCUGCUUCGACAUCACCUGCAUGGAAAAGCCUCACAUAGUAACGUUACAAGCAAUCUCCGACAGAGAACGCACACAGUGGAUGACAGCUAUGGGCGGCAAGGAACCGAUUUACAUAAAUCCUGCACACAUCUCCAAGAAAGACGAUAACUUACUCAACGACAUCGGCUUCCUUUUUAUCAAGAAGUGUAUAGAGGCCAUUGAGAGUCGAGGUUUGGAAGACCAAGGCUUGUACAGAGUAGUCGGUGUUAACUCCAAAGUCAUGAGAUUAACUUCUCUCUGCCUUGCAGACAAGAGGAAGCCCACGAACGUCAAUUUGUCUGACUCAGGGGAAUGGGAAAUCAAGACUAUCACCAGCGCGUUGAAGAACUACUUCAGGAAUCUACCUGAGCCGCUGAUGUCGUUCAGUUUUCACGAUGAAUUUAUAGCUGCUGCAAAACAAGAGACGAAAACGUUACGUGUCAACGACAUCCACGCGCUAGUCCACAAACUAGCGGAACCCAAUUUUGAAAUGCUGGACCUUCUUAUAGCACACUUACGAAGAGUGGCAGACCACCACGAGACAAACCUGAUGACAGUGACCAACCUGGGCGUGUGCUUCGGCCCCACCCUGAUGAGGCCGGAGGAGGAGACGAUGAAAGCCAUCAUGGACAUCAAGUUCUCCAACAUUGUCAUUGAGAUACUCAUUAGGCACUAUGAAAAGAUUUUCAAGACGGCGCCUGACAGCGGUGGUAAGUCACAGUUCCGCAAUGUGGCCCUCUCCUCGGCCUCCAUGCUCUCCAACUCAACCGCCUCCUCUGUCUCCAGCGCCUCCACUGCGCAGAUGUCGCCCCGGAAUGGCAAGCAGCAGCAGCAGCCAGCACCCAAGACGGAACCCAUGCCCUCCCGGGGCUACCACACCCAGAUAUCUGCGGGCGGGCGGGACCAGUCGCCCAGACGAACAGGUGAGAAAGUCAGCCCACCGCCACGCCCCCUUACCGUCCCCAACCCCUCCUACUACACCUCCUCCCCGAUCGGCCGUGACGGUCGUCGCCGUUCAUCCCUCACCCUCCCUCCACCCACCUCCCCACCAGUCAGCAAACUGAUUGGCAAGUUUGGCCCUCCUAGAAGGAAGAGCAUUGACGACGAGUCGUUGGACUACGCCCCGAUGCGGCCUGCUCGAGGCAAUGCGUUGAGGAAAGGUAGGGUUGUGAGUGGCCAGGUGGAACAUAUCAAACCGUCCACCGCUGACCAAAACAAGGCCGGGAUUAGCCGCAAACCACCGGUUACUCAAAAACCAGAGCACUUAAUCCUAGCGCGGUCUAACUCUCAGAAUCGAGAUUUGCGGACCCCAUCCCCAAAAACCCCUGACGAGGGCUAUGUCAUCAUGAGCAUGGAUGAUUAUCCCUACGCCGAUGAAACUCCUCCACAAAGUCCGGGUUAUAACCCGAAAAAAAUGAGGAAAAAUGACAAACCAGACAAGAGAACUUCGGCAGCGGAUGUUGGGGUAGAAAAAGGUCUGCAGAUCGGGGCACGAGGAAUUGUGGGGAUAGGCACAGGACUGGGCCUUGAUAAGAGCGACAAAUUGUCCACCGAGAAAGAGAACACUGACAAAAAAGGAGAUAUAGGAAAGGGGGAAAGUCCAGGGGCGGCCAAGGGCCCAACAUCUCCAUUGAAAGGGGGCAUGAAGGGGGAAGGGUUGGGUAGUCCAAAGAAUGAGGGUAACUCUCCCCAAUCUAGCGAUGUUGUCUUGCGGAAGAAUGGCAGGAAAGCCAUGCCUCCAGUACUAUCGCGUGUCUCGGGCGUAUUCUGUGCCGAGCAAGCCGACGUUUGAAAUAAAAAACAAGAAAACAGUUUAAAAAUCUAUUAAAGAGAAACACAAAACGUUCAGCAAAAGGAUGUUUCCACAUUUUCAAGUUUUAGUAUUUUAGCACUCAAGGGACACUUGCAUAGAAAGCAUCCGCUACAGAUCUUUUUUUUUGAAAAUCCAUUAUUUGAUUUCGGUCAUUUCUGAAAAUCCAGAUGUACAUGUUUGUUUGUAAUUUGUCUUAUUUCCUCCCCCAAAAAGAACCAACCACUUUCACUUUUUUACUUUCAUUUCAAUUUCAUUCAUUUUGUGUCAAGUAUCCAAAAGAAACUCUCCCUCCUUUUUUCCCUCCCCUCAUGUCAACUUAACACUGGCGUAACUGUUUUGUUGACAUUGGUCUGACUUGUGCACAAAGUUGAUUUUAUUUUUGCAUGGUUUGUUUGAAUUGGUGUUGUUUUUUUUACCUGAAACGAUGCU